AACUCGUCGGUUCUCUCCUGCUUGCGCCACGCUGAAGCGGAUCGCGGCCUCUGGUAGAUACCGGUGCAUUCCAGAAUACUAGAGUAAACAUGGCGACCGCGCCUCUACUCCUCAGUCUCGAGAGUUCGAGAGUCUAGUAGAACUUCUGGCAGGCGAAUCUCGUGGGGUAUAUAUAGCUAGGCGACAUCUUCAGCCCCGUCACUCGCUGCUCGUCUUGUGUACAGCAGAGAGAGAAAAAAACAUCUAAUAAGUUGACAACGUUCUCGACCAUCGUCCAACGAUUCAUACCAACCGCCACCACCGAGCGUCGCAAAGUCACACCAGCAUACAAAAUGGCGUUCUUCACCGACACCGUCUACGGCUCCGACCGGAGCUUCAUGCCACUCUUCCGUCUCCUGGACGAGUUCGACAACUAUACCCGCGAAGUCCAGGGUACGACCAAUGAGCGCUCCCGUCCCCGCGGUCGCCGGCAGGCCGGUGCAUUCCAACCCAAGUUCGAUGCCCGCGAGACCGACAGUGCCUUUGAGCUCUAUGGCGAGCUCCCCGGCAUUGAGCGCGACAAGAUCAGCGUCGAGUUCACCGAGCCCCAGACCAUGGUGAUCCGCGGCCGCACCGAGCGCGCUUACCCCUCCCCGUCAGCUCAGCAGCCGGCUGACACCGCCGGCGCCGAGAGUAGCGAGGAGGGCGCCGGCAACGACAACAGCAAGGCAGCCUCGGACAGAUACUGGCUGCAGGAGCGCACCGUCGGCGACUUUGCUCGCGUCUUCAACUUCCCCACCCGCAUCGACCAGGACGCCGUCUCUGCACGCCUCCACAACGGCAUCCUGAGCGUCGUCGUGCCGAAGGCCAGGAGGCACGAGGCCCGCCGCAUCGCCAUCAACUGAACCAUCUCCGACCUUCUCGCGUUAUCCGAACCUUUCACCCUCUUUCCCACCAUUUGGGGUUCAUUUUCUGCAAUGAGCUUCCUUUUUUUCCUCGAUCUUAUUGCGUUGGGUUCUCUGAGUUGUAUAUAUAGCAAGUCACUUGCACCCUCUUGGCAUGGCAUCGGCGUACGUGGUGAGGAUAUGGCUGGGAGAAAGGGUACACAGAUGGGAGUGUUUCCAAUGUAUCCCGGGAGGUAUUGGCAACCGGCGUGGGGAACCACUUGGCGGGCUCUUUGAGAGUUAGCGUUGAUACUCAAUAGAAAGUGCAAUGUCAGCAUUCCUAAAUUG